AUGUGCACUAUACAAUGGUUUAAUUUGUUUUUUUCUUCAUCGUUGUACAAGAAGAAACCACGUAAUGAUCAACAACAAAUAGAAUCGAACAUUAUUAUUUCAUCUUCUUCGUCAUCAUCUGAAUUUCAAAACUCUCAUCAUCCUUCUUCGUUCUCUGGUGAUCAAACUGCAUGUAGUCUUGUUUCUGACACUUCAUCAUCUUCUCUCACAGUUUCUAGUUCUUUAAAUGAAAAUUCUGGAACAAAAUGUAUUCCAAAUGAUAUCAAUGCAACAUGUAAUGAUUCUCCUGUUCAACCAAAUGAUGCAUGCUAUUGUUAUCAUUGUCGUCAUUUUUCUUGUAAUAAAUAA